AUGGCCAUCUCAUCAAAUAUAGGUAUCUCAUUGUGGCUCGAGCCUAAUCCGGCUUCCAUGAUCAACUCGUCCUUGCAAAGCACCAUCUCAUCACUACGGCCAUUGUUUGAAGACGCGCCACGGUUCCGACCCCAUUUGACAGUCACUUCACAAAUCGAUAUUGACCCCAACUCACGUACCCAAAUUGAUGCAGUUCUCAAUGGAGCUAAGGCUGCUGCAUCAGCUGUAGACUCUAUUGAUGUUUUAUUUGCUGCUGUCGCAUAUGGUUCCAAAUAUACAAAAAAGGUCUUUAUUCGUGCUGAACGAUCACCAAAACUUUUAUCACUUGCUCAAAUUUGUCGUGAAGAGUUUGUAAUCCUACCUAAGCUGCUUCGCAUCAAACGUAAACGCUCAUCUUCAACUACAACAUCAACAGUCACAUCUCCAACUACGGAACAAAAAAACGGUAUCCCGCUCCCGGAACCUGAAACCCCUGCAACAACCUCAGAAACAAACUCCUCAGAAUCUAAUUCUUUAAAUAAUCCACAACCAUCUCUUCCUGUAUCUUCAGAUUCUUCGCGCAGCAGGCGCAGUAAUAGUUCUUCGAAAAAGUCAAUGUCUUCAAUUCCUCCAGUACAACAAACAACCUCUUCACAACCACAUUCACAUUCACAAUCACAAUCACAAUCACAAUCACAAUCACAAUCACAAUCACAAUCACAAUCACAAUCACCAUCACAAUCACAACCACAACCACAAUCACAAUCACAACCACAACCACAAUCACAAUCACAAUCACAAUUACAACCACAAAAUAAACCGGAAGAACUGGCGCCACGAUUGUUACCAUCUUCUCCUGAAUACCAAGAAGCUGCAGCCCAAGCUGCACGCGAAGCUGCAGAAUGGCUUAAGGCUGAGUUUGACCCCCACGUGUCUCUAGUGUAUUCCAAUCGUUACCCGAUUGAUGAGGCUCUGCAACAGACAGUUAAAUCACGGAUCUCAGAUCUGUUUGGAGAAGAGUUUAUUGAGCGCAGAAUUGGGUUCCGUGGUACUCGGUUAUCUUUAGUUUUGUGCGAAGGACCUGUCGAAAACUGGCGUGUUUUGGGACAUCGUGACUUUUAA